AUGGACACAUGGUCUUGGGAGCAGUACUUGAGGGAACAGAAGGCAGUGGCUGCACCCAUCGAACUCUUCAACAAGGACCAGUCAUUUCCAGAAGAUGAGAACCAUUUUCAAAUUGGAAUGAGAUUAGAAGGCAUCGACCCUCGACAUCCAUCUGUGUUUUGUGUGCUUUCUGUGGUUGAGGUGUGUGGUUAUCGGCUAAGACUUCAUUUUGAUGGUUAUUUAAGCCGCUACGAUUUUUGGACCAAUGCAGGUUCCCCUGACAUUCAUCCUAUAGGGUGGUGUGAAAAGACCAAACAUGAGCUGCACAUUCCUAAGGGCUAUAGAAAAGAUAAAUUUGUUUGGAUGAAUUAUUUGAAGGCCUGCAAAUUGCAAAAUGCUCCCAAGAAAUUAUUCAGAAACAGAAGUACUAAUGGACCAAUGCCUAAGGAGUUUCAGGUUGGCAUGAAGCUGGAGGCCAUCGACAGGAAGAACCCUUCUUUGGUGUGUGUGGCAACCAUAGCAGAUAUUGUGGAAGAUCGCUUACUAGUGCAUUUUGACAAUUGGGAUGAUAGCUAUGAUUACUGGUGUGAUGCAAAUAGUCCUUAUGUCCAGCCAGUUGGUUGGUGUCAGAAGAAUGGAAAAACCCUGAUAGCUCCCCAAGGUUAUCCUGAUCCAGAAAAUUUCUCUUGGAUAGAGUAUUUAAAAACAACUCAAACUAAAGCAGUUCCUGCCAAAGGUUUUAAAAGGCGGUUGUCUCAUGGUUUUCUAUCAAACAUGAAACUUGAAGUUGUGGAUAAACGAAACCCUCGGUUAAUUCGUGUUGCUACAAUUCUGGAUGUUGAUAACCAACAACUAAAGAUUCACUUUGAUGGCUGGGAUCAUAAAUAUGACUAUUGGACUUAUGCAGACAGCCCUGAUAUACACCCAACUGGAUGGUGCGAUGUGACAGGGCAUCCUCUGGAGCUUCCAUAUCGGGCAAAUGCUGUGAAAAUCCUUCCAGGUCAAGCUGUUUGUCCUACUCCAGGGUGCCGAGGAAUAGGACAUAUUCGUGGUCCACAGUAUUCCGGACAUCACAGUGCUUUUGGCUGCCCAUACUCAGACAUGAAUUUAAAAAGGGAGACUUCACUUCAUGAUCGUCUGAGAGAACAAACUCAGGAAAAUGUGGAAGUAGAUUCUUCAUAUUCAAAAUCAAAAAAGCUUUGCAGUUUGAACUUGAAUGAAAAGCAUGAAAAGACGAACAAUUCACCGAGAUUUGUAGAGAAGACAAAACGUUUGAAAAUCAAAGGAAAAGAAGAUAUUGACUUUGAUAAUCUCUUCAGAGAAUACACCACCAAGUAUUCGAAGACACUGCAACGGUCCAUUUUCAUGUCCUCCCUGUCAGCCAACCCCCUUCAGAAGCUCCCUCUUGGUAGGCAGCAGCACUGCAAGCUGCUUCCAGGUGUGUCCAGCGUCCAGGCAAACCGGGUGGCCCUCUGGACUGUGGAUGAGGUGGCUAAAUUUGUACAGUCUCUUCUGGGCUGCGGAGAGCAUGCCAAGUGCUUCAAGAAAGAGCAAAUUGAUGGCAAAGCUUUCUUGCUACUGACACAGACAGACAUCGUCAAGGUGAUGAAGAUCAAACUGGGUCCAGCACUCAAGAUCUAUAAUUCCAUCCUCAUGUUCAGGAAUUCCCAGGAUCUUACUGAAGAAGUCCUUGCCUCCAGCCCUAGAAUCAGGGAGUAGGCUCCCCCACCAGCACCUGCUGCCCUAGGACAG